AUGUUUCGUUUAUUAAUUUUGACGACUAUUGUAACAUCUUUUAAGUACAGGACAGUUACAACAGUUGCAGCUAUGUCUAUUAAAAGUGUAGACUUUGAAAUUUUUGGUCGGGUCCAAGGAGUCUUCUUCCGAAAGUAUACAAAAAAACAAGCUGACAAAUUAGGUCUUAGAGGUUGGUGCAUGAAUACAUCGAAAGGAACAGUUCAAGGACAAAUUCAAGGACCAUCUGACAAUGUUGAGUCAAUGAUGCAAUGGUUGAGGACUACAGGAAGUCCUAGCAGCCAAAUUGACAAAGCUGAGUUUAAGAACGAAAAAGAGGUUUCCGAGUAUUCUUUCAAUGAUUUCAGUAUUAGAAAAGAUUAUUAA